AGAACAGGUACCCUCGGAAAGAUAUGCUGCAAAGCCAUCUAAGAAUGCACAAAAAGAAACCGUAUCAAUGUUCCCACUGUGAAAAGGGUUUUUAUCACAAACAGUUUUUUACUAGCCACGUCAGAAUUCAUACUGGCGAGAAACCACUUCAAUGUUCUUUCUGCGAUAAGAGGUUUACUCUAAAAUGCUUACUCGCAAACCAUUUGAAAAUUCAUACUGGGUAUGGUGAUGAAGAGUUAGUGUGUGUUCACUGUGAUAAGACGUUUUUAGAUCGAGUCAAACUCACUGCCCAUGUAAAAACUCACCGGGCUACAGAUAUGCCUCUUCAAUGUUCAUACUGUGAUAAGAGAUUUUCCUUAUCCAGUAAUUGCAAUUACAUUGUCCACCUUAGAACGCAUACAGGUGAGAAGCCCUUCCCCUGCUCUCAAUGCAGUCAGAGAUUUAAUUCGAAAAGCUCCCUCACAUCCCAUCUUAGGGUACACAGUGGAGAAAAACUGCAUCAAUGUUCCUUUUGUGAUAAGAAAUUUGCGAAUACAGCCACUCUUACCACGCAUCUUAGGUUACACACCGAUGGGAAGCCCUACAAGUGUUCUAAGUGUAACCAGAGAUUUUCAUACAAGGUCCAGCUCGUGGUCCAUCUAAAGACGCACCCCGACUAUGGUGAAAUGCAAUUUCAAUGUUCCUAUUGCAGUAAGAAAUUUCCUUUCAAAUCCCUGCUCACGUCUCACCUCAGAAGCCACACGGGGGAAAGGAAGUAUGAGUGUCCACAGUGCAGUAAGACAUUCCCUGAUAAGGGCCACCUCAAUUCGCAUCUAAAAACACACUCUGGCAUCAGGCCACAUCAGUGUCCUCAAUGCAAGAAGCGAUUCCUUCUCGAAUCCAAUCUUGAACGUCAUGUUAAAACACACCUCGGAGAAAAAAACCAUCAAUGCUCUUUCUGUCAGAAAAGGUACACCGAAAAAUCAACUCUUGACCGGCAUCUUAGGGAGAUACCGCAGCCUUGUUCGACUUGCGGGAAGAGGUUUUGCACCAAUUACGAACUAACCAGGCAUCUGCAAACACAUGAUCCGUGGCAAUGUUCUUUUUCUGGAGAGGGACCCUUUGAGUGCAUUCAUUGCAAGAAGACAUUGUCUCAUAAAAAAAGUUUUAAAUCCCACUUUCGUCUUCACACCGGUGAACGGCCAUAUAAAUGUCCCCACUGUGAAAAGGACUUUGCUCAACAGGGUGGUCUGACCAGCCAUCUCAGAACGCACUCUGGCGAACGGCCAUACAAGUGUUCUUAUUGUGACAAAAAGUUUGCUGAACACGGCACUCGAGCCGCUCAUAUGAGAAGGCACACAAGAGAGAAGCCAUUUCAAUGCUCACAUUGCAAAAAGAGAUUUCCUCGCAAACGUACUCUCACUCUUCACCUCAAAACUCACACCGGUACAAAGCCCAGUCCAAGUUCCCCUGCUGGUGAAACAAACUCCCCAAGAAAACCUCUUGAAAGGCCUUUGAGAACACAAACUAGACGAAACCUAUAUCAUUGUCCCAAUUGUGAUAUACGAUUCUUUAAACAAGAUGAUCUUACUAUCCAUUUGAGAACACAUGCUGAAAAGCCACUUCGGAAUUGCUCCGUGGUACUCCGGGAUGUUCUUAACACAGUAGUCAGAAUGUAACUUGUUCCCAAUAUUAAAGGGAUUGGGUAACCUUGUCUCAGAUUCUGAAAAUAAAUCCUGGAUUUAGCUCAUGCUGCAAUGAUAAUUAUAAACCUUUAGGUCAGUCAC